AUAUAUAAUGAGGUGAAUAUUUGAACCCAGUAUCAGUUUAGUGUGGUAUUCUUUAUUGAGCACCGUCAUCCAAAAUGUUUCUUAAAGGUCUCAUUAUUGUUGCUCUCGUGGGCAUCAGCUACGCAGCCGAGCACGCCUACUCCUCCCAGAGCAUUGUACUCCACCACACCGAACACAAACAGAGCCACGAAGACGAACACCACAUCCCCAUCAAAGUAGUAGUCCCUUUAGUCACCAAAAAAGUGGUCCCAGUAGCGCAUUACGUGGCCCAGAGUUCUGGAUAUGAGCAGAAUGAGAAUAAAUAUGACCACAAACCCGCUAUCUCUUCCCAGCACAUUGAGCGACAUGAUAUCCCCGCCCACCCUCCUAAGGGUUUCUUUGAUGAUCAUGGUCCAGCCAAAUACGAAUUCGAAUACAAAGUGCACGACCCUCACACUCACGACGUGAAGCAACAGCAUGAGACCCGAGACGGCCACUCCGUGCACGGCGUCUACAGUCUGCACGAGGCUGACGGCUCCAUCCGCACUGUCAAGUACUCCGCGGAUAAGAAGACUGGAUUCCAAGCUGACGUUCAACAUUCCACCAAGCACGAGCAGCACGGACAUCAUAUCCUAACCCUAAGCGCCGUUCUGGCCAUAUGUAUGGCUAAAGCUGUUCCCGAAAUUCCAUACACCGAAGGCCAUGCUAUUUCCUCUCACAGCGUCAUUCAUGCACCACCUACACCCAAACUCGUAGCAGCCACUCCUGUCCACCAUGCUGCCCCUACAGCAAUAUCCUUCCACGCAACUCAAAUUCCUUAUACUUCAGCUGCAGCUGUUUCUUCCCAGAGCAUCAUACGUCAUAACCAGCCAACUACACUUAUUGCUGCACCCGCAACUAAGCUGAUAUCACCUUCCACUAUUUCGGUCUCAACUCCAGUACAUUAUUCUACUCCAGUUCAGUUCGCAUCUCCUGUCCACUACCCCGUCACUAAUAUCAUCGGGUCCACUCCAGUUCACUACCCUGCUGUUGCUAAUGUAGUUUCCUCAGUCCCAGUUCAGCAUGUCACUAAGUUUAUCAGUCCCGCUCGCAAGGUUUUGGUGUCUGACCAUCAAGUACAUCAUUUUGAGGAAGCAUACACCCACCCAAAAUACGAGUUCUCCUACUCCGUGGCUGACCCUCACACCGGCGAUAACAAGUCUCAGCACGAGGUCCGAGACGGUGACGUCGUACAUGGCGAGUACAGUCUCCUGGAGGCCGAUGGCUCCGUGCGCACCGUGCAGUACUCCGCUGACGACCACAGCGGCUUCAACGCCGUCGUCUCUCACUCUUCCCCGGUCCAUCAUGAGAAACAAAUUAUCUUAGCUCAUCAUUAA